AAUACCAAACAUGAUUUAUUAAAGACAAAAAUAAAGUAAGCCAUCUGUCAAUUAACUAUAAUGACCCAUCAUAGAAGAAAGAAUCCCAGCAGUGAAAGGAGUUAGGAGGUGGGUUGCAUGACAGUGUCUGAAAGACACAAACUAGCAGCCGAAGAGCGAGGAAGCCUUCAAAUGGGUUUCUAAAUACUGUCCUAAUUUAACUAAUGCAUAAGCUUAAUUUUCUAUAUCAUCAGAAUAUAUCUGUAUUACAGCUUUUUGUGUGUGACUUUGCAUUAAAACUGGGACGUGUAUGUAAUUGUUGACAUUCCAGACUCACAAAAACUGAAAUAAACUAAAACUAUCUUUUGAAAAAUAACUAAAACAGGACAGAACUGGAAACCUGUUUUAACAUAAAAGCAGCAAACACAUAACCUAUAAUUACUUGUGGUGUGUAUCAUCUCAAAAGUGUAAUGGUAGAGUUUAUUCUGCAUUAUGGGCUGUAACACUGUAUAAUAAUAAUUUACAAAUAAACAGGAUAAUCAAUCAAUCACAAAGCAACUGUUAUCUACAGUAAGUAAAAACUGGUCUUUAUCCUUUCAUCAUGUAACACGAGCUUUGUCCGCACCUGGACUCGAACCUGCGCUCUGAUGGUUCCGUAAAAACUCCGUCUUUUUUUCAUUGGAUAUAACGUAGCGAUUUGAUUGGUUGUUUCUGCGUUCCACCUAUGAGUGAUGGGCCGAGGUGUCAGCGUUUUUCUACCCGCUCUGGUGGCACGGAGCGAGGCUGGCUGUGGUGGAUGUGCUGCGGGUCGAGUCGCUUUAUACAGUAUGGAGCCGCCCGACUUCGAAAGCAUGAAUUUUACGGUGGCGCCGGAGGUGUCUGCCUACCCGGUGUGCAAAGAGUGGAAAGAGGGUGCGGAAGGAUCGGUGUUCCAUCUCGCCAACAUCUUUCUGUUCCUUGGCUUCAUGGGGGGCAGUGGCUUUUACGGACUCUUCUACCUGUUCACCUUUCUCACUCUGGGCUUCUUCUGCUCCACUCUCUGGUCGUGGUCGGACUCCUGCACCACGGACUCUUUUCUGUGGAGUUUGGCGAUCUUCGCGGUGUGUCUGGUACAAGUCCUGCACAUGUCAUACAGGCUGAGGAGCUUUUCGUUUGACAAGGACUUCCAGGAGCUGUAUAGCUGCAUGUUUAAAAGAGUCGGAGUGUCAUUGUCCCAUUUUGGGAAGAUAGUGGCCUGCUGUGACGGGGAAGUCCAAACUUUAGAGAAGGACCGCUGCUUCGCCGUAGAAGGAAAAACCGCUAUUGACAAGCUGUCAGUGCUGCUCUCCGGAAGAAUCCGUGUGACAGUUAAUGGAGAGUUUCUGCAUUACAUCUACCCUUUCCAGUUUCUGGAUUCACCAGAAUGGGACUCUCUGCAGCCAUCGGAGGAGGGCGUAUUCCAGGUGACGCUGCGUGCUGAUAACCCCUGCCGGUACGUAGCGUGGAGGAGGAAAAAGCUCUACCUGCUCUUUGCUAAGCAUCGCUACAUAGCCAAGAUCUUUGCCCUGGUUGUACGCAAUGACAUAGCAGAAAAGCUGUAUUCACUCAGUGACAAGACUUUUGACAGAUACGGACACCGCUACGAUCUCCGCUUACCAUGUUACCCUCACAUGCCGGGGACUGAAAUAGAAAGGGCUGAUGACCAUCUGCAAGUGCCGGUGCAGAGCAGGGGGGCUCCGUAAACAUACACACAUGCACAUUCUUCAUGCGCUAAAUCGCAGUGCGUGGAAGUCAGUGUCAGUCAGGCUGCAGACAUGUUUGCAGACAGGUAGACCGUAUACCUGAGCAUGAAAACAGUCUGUAGUGUUGUUACUCACAGGGCCAUAAUUUAUGGGGCAAUGAAACUUUUGAAACUUGCUUCGGAUUUUAAAUCAAACGAUCAAGAUCUGUUAGAAGUGCAGAAUUUAUCUUUAUUUUAAGGGGUUUAGCAAAAUGAUUGCAUUAUAUGACUUAUACACACUUUUAUACAGUUAUAGCGGCGCCAAAGAGAAUGGACAGUAAAUUAAAUUAUGGACAGUAAAAAUGUAGCAGAUCUAAAACUCUGGAUUUGAUUCUAAGUGUUGAAGUUUGGAGAGUUAAUGCAAAGAGAGACAGAUGAAGGAUGACAUCAUCAGGCUGCAAAGCCAACAGAAGCCCGUCAGAGAGGAACAACUUUAAGAGUGGCAAAUCAACAAUCGUGGACAUUUUUAAGAAGGAUGCAUUGGCCAGCUCAGCAGUAACUGAAGGCCUGGACAGCAACUAAAAGGAAUAAAUUCUUUCUGGGUUUUGGGGGGUUGUUGGGUGCUGGGGUCCUGAUCUUUGAGACUUUUCACUCUCAUUGUUAAGUGCAUUUUGUGACAAACGCACAUACUCAGACAAAACACAGAAAACACAAGAUUGCUGGUUUGUGUAUCCAUUUUUUCCUUGUAGGCGCUGCUUGUUUUUUAUUGUUUUGUCUUACAGGUGCAGCAGUUGGAGACUCAUUGUUCUUCUGUCACAGGACAGCAGACGUCUUAAAUUCAUAUGAUAUUGACGGAUUAGAUCAAUAUGUGUUGUCAGUGGUACACUGACUGAUGUUGUUCUGUGACAAUAAAUGAUUUUACUGUGUAGAUGCCAAACACAAACUUAAUCAGUUUUCUAAGCACAUGAGUCUGGAGUUCAUUUUGUCAGUAUGUUAGGAAGUCUAAUGUAUAAAUAUAUUUUCAGCCUUAAUGCCUCUGAAAGUGAAGUUACUGCGGGUUUGUCAACCAAACGCUUCGACAAAGAUCCACACACCCAGCAGAGUCAUUCAGAUGCUGGUGCAGUCUCACUGCUUGUGUUGAAAAAGUUCACAUAUAAGAGUAUUAAUAAAGUAUGAAUAACAGAG